AUGCGCUCAAACUUCCGCUUGGGUACACUCGUGCUUACCGUGUUCAUUUUGCAAUUCGCACUGGUUACCGCUGUGCCCGGUUGGGAAAAGUUGCGUCAAUGGUGGUUUGGCGAGCCACCCGUGAUCAGAUCAUUCGUGGUCGAUAAGGAACAAAAAAUCUUUCGCAAAGAUGGAAAACCGUUCCAAUACAUUUCCGGCAGUAUACACUACUUCCGAAUCCCGGUCGAAUAUUGGGACGAUCGAUUGGAAAAAAUGCGAGCGGCCGGUCUGGACGCGAUAGAAAUGUGA